CAUCGCAGAGGUUUAACAGAGAAGAAGCAAAAAGAUCAUUUGAGAGAUAAAGAGGAGGAGAAGAAGAAGAAGCUUAGACGAAACCUUAAUGGCGGGAAUGGCGAUUCUCCGUCUUCCAUAUGCUUCAAUUGGCGCCUCCGCCUUUUCCCCUCUUUCAAUUCUCUUCCGCUCACCGAGAACCGCCGCAGUUUCCUUCUGCUCGGCGUCGGAGUUCGUGCCCAAGGAUGAUUCGAAACGCAGUCCUCUCAAGCCUGGGCUUUACCUCGUCGGAACUCCCAUCGGUAACCUCGAAGAUAUCACUUUACGUGCUAUUCGUGUAUUGAGAUCUGCUAAUGUGAUACUCUCUGAGGAUACGAGACACUCUGGGAAGUUGCUUCAGUACUACAAUAUCAAAGCUCACCUUCUCAGUUAUCACAAGUUCAACGAGGCACAAAGAGAACAAGCUGUGUUGAAUCGAUUGAAACAGGGAGAGAUUGUCGCCCUUAUCAGCGACGCGGGCACCCCCGGAAUCAGUGAUCCUGGUUCCCAACUUGCUAAAAUGUGUGCGAAAGAGAAUAUAGAUGUCAUUCCAAUCCCUGGGGCUUGUGCUGUAGUUGCUGCUCUUUCUGCCUCUGGUUUGGAUACUGACGAGUUCACCUUCGUUGGAUUUCUUCCUAAGCAUUCUGGAACAAGGAAGGAGAGGCUGGUUGUUUCAUCAAACGAGACAAGAACACAAAUCUUUUAUGUUCCCCCUCACAAGUUGUCACAGUUUCUUGAUGAAACCACCCCUUACUUUGGUGAAUCAAGGCGUUGUGUAAUAGCUCGAGAGAUUACAAAGCUGCAUGAAGAGUUUUGGAGGGGUUCGCUAGGGGAGGCCAAGCAAGAGUUUCUGAUUCGUCAACCAAAAGGAGAAAUCACGCUUUUGAUUGAAGGGAAGGAAGAAACCAAAGCUGAGAAUCCAACAGAAUCUCAACUUGAACAAGAGUUAGCAGUGUUGAUCUCUGAUGGACAUAGCCUAUCCACAGCGGUGAAAACGGUGGCAGAAAGAACAUCGAUGAGAAAGAAAGAGGUAUAUUCGCUCGCUUUGAAGAAAUUCGGAAAGCCGAUUCAGGUAGAAGAUGAAGCUGCUGAGUAGAUGAGAGGCCAUUGCCAUUUUCAAGCUUUUGCUUUAAAAUUAAACUCAUCAAUGUCGUGUUGUACAACCAUUGCGUUGGAUAGGUUUUAGGUAAUGAUCUUGAAUUCUCGAAGCGAUUGAACUUUGGAUGAUGGGCUUUUAGUAAGGGUUAUUUCCUGUUGACUGUUUUAGUAUAUUUACUUGUCGGGUUUUGGUGCUCAAGAGUAAUUAAACUGUUUUCUAAAUAUCAAUGUAGUUUCCAACAUUUUAUUGAAAAGAAUAAUUAUUGAUA